AUGAUGUUAGCAUUAAUAACGAUCGUUUUUGGUUGUUUAUUAAAUUUCUUCUCGUUUCAAGUUCAAGCAGAUACAUGUGAUACUUAUAAUCAUCCACAAUAUGGUAUUGGUCAAUGUAUUGAUCAAAGUCGAUGUCCCAAUUCAUUAUAUAUAUCUGGUUUAUGUGAAUCACAACCAUCUAUUAUAAAAUGUUGUUUUUCAUUAGAACCAAUGAAAGAAGAAUUUCGAGCUAUAUGGAUAGCUACAGUAACUAAUAUUGAUUGGCCAUCAUCUAAAACAGCUACAGCUGCUCAACAACAAUCUGAAUUACUUAAUAUUCUAAAUAAAGUUCAAGAAUUAAAUAUGAAUGCUGUCAUUUUUCAAAUUCGUCCUGCUAGUGAUGCUUUUUAUUCAUCAUCACUAGAACCAUGGAGUUUCUAUUUAACUGGCACUCAAGGUGUUGCACCAUCACCAUUUUGGGAUCCAUUAGCAUUCAUUAUCAAUGAAGCACAUAAACGAAAUAUUGAAGUACAUGCAUGGCUCAAUCCAUAUCGUGCGCGUACGAGUGGUGCAACCUAUGAAUUAGCACCUACUAAUAUGGCUAAAAGAUUUCCACAAUAUGCUUAUACAUAUGCAAAUAAUAUAUGGAUGGAUCCUGGUGCAGCUGUAGUUCAGCAAUUCACAGUCAAUGUUACUGCAGAUAUUGUUAGACGUUAUGCUGUUGAUGGUAUACAUAUCGAUGAUUAUUUCUAUCCAUAUAGCGAUGGUACUGAAUUUCCUGAUAGUGCUACCUAUGCUGCUUAUCAAGCACAAGGUGGCAAAUUAGAUAAAGCGGAUUGGCGUCGUUUAAAUGUCAAUAAUUUAAUUCAAUCGAUGUAUACAACAAUGCAUGCUAUUCGACCAAAAGUUAAAUUUGGUGUUUCACCAUUUGGAAUAUGGAAAAGUGGUGUACCAGCCGGUAUAUCUGGUUUAUCAUCAUAUGAUAGUCUAUAUGCUGAUAGUCAAAUGUGGUUAGAACAAGGUUUAGUUGAUUAUAUGGCACCACAACUUUAUUGGGCAAUUGAUCCACCAGCACAAUCAUAUCCUGUUUUACUUAAUUGGUGGAUAGAACAAUCGGCUAAAGGUCGUCAUGUUUAUGCUGGUAAUGCUGCAUAUAAAAUGGCUCAAGGUACUGUUCAAUGGCAAGCAAGUGAAUUGGUUCGACAAGUAAAUAUAACUCGUUCAAUGCGUGAUCGACUUGCACUUGGUAAUAUUUAUUUUUCAACGAAAGAAAUCAUGAGAAAUGUCAAAGGCAUUCAAACAGAACUUGCAGCACUUUACAAAAAAAAGGCUAUCAUACCUAAAAUGAAUUGGCUUUAA